GAUAACAAGUAUGACGUCCCUAGUAAGUUACAGUUACAAUUUCAAGUUUAUACACGUCUCAGUUUUCAAAUUUUAUUGUAAUUAAUAUUUAAGGACAAUAUUUAGAAUGUAAAUUGACGCAUAAUAACAGUUUUUUUCCAAAUAUCUGUUAUGUUGGUUAAUGGACUGGUUACGCAAUUUUUAACUGGUAUGAAAAAUUAAAACAAGGAAUAAGUUAAAUGGGCAUUCAAGUGAUAAGAAAUAUUUUAAAAAGUACAAUUUUAAGUGCAUUAAAACAUUCAAAUAUUAUAAGGAGUAGCUCAAUGAGUGCAGAAAUGAGUACGAAUAAGAAGAAUAAGUUUGAUUUGCCUGCAAGAUAUGCAGGGAGUGAAAAAAGUGUUUGGGUUGAGUACAUACAACUGGCUUUGGAAAAUAAGCCAUUGAAUUUGGGACAAGGUUUUCCUGACUAUGCACCCCCUGAAUAUAUUACAAAAGCCCUAGCUGAUUUUCGAAGAAGUCCUGACCCUUUGUUACAACAAUAUACUCGUGGUUUUGGCCAUCCUCGUUUGAUAGCAGUUCUGGCAAAACUAUACUCCAGACUUUUAGGAAAAGAAAUAAAUCCACAGACUGAAAUAUUGGUGACAUCUGGGGCUUAUGAAGCUCUAUUUUCAUCAAUUACAGGCCAUGUAGAUGAGGGAGAUGAAGUUAUCAUAAUUGAACCUUACUUUGACUGUUAUCAACCAAUGGUCAAGUCAGCAAAAGGAAUUUGUCGUUUUAUUCCUUUGAGAUUGAAAAAAAAUUCAGACGUUGUAUCGUCUGGAGAUUGGGUAUUGGAUCGUGACGAGUUGGAGGGUUUAUUCAAUUCAAAAACGAAAAUGAUUAUUUUAAAUACUCCGCAUAAUCCGCUGGGUAAAGUCUUUACUGAAGCUGAAUUAAAGGUAAUAGCGGAUCUCUGUAUAAAAUGGGACGUACUGUGUCUGUCUGAUGAAGUCUAUGAGUGGAUGGUUUACAAACCAAACAAACAUAUAAGAAUUGCCACUUUUCCUGGCAUGUGGGAAAGGACAAUAACUAUUGGUUCUGCUGGCAAAACCUUUAGUGUUACAGGAUGGAAAACUGGAUGGGCAUAUGGGCCUGCAAACCUUAUAAACAACCUGUUUAUGGUUCACCAGAAUUGUGUCUACACACAUUGUACACCCAUCCAGGAAGCUAUAGCCAUGGGUUUUGAAUUGGAACUGACAAGACUGAAUUCAGACGAGUGCUUUUUUAACUCUUUACCUCGAGAAUUAGAAUCCAAGAGGGAUUUUAUGGGGAAAUUUUUAAAGGAGGUCGGUAUGAAACCUACCAUUCCUGAAGGGGGUUAUUUUAUGAUAGCUGAUUGGAGUGCAUUAGCAUCUAAAGUCGACAUGAAUUCUGAAAACGAUAAAUACAAGGAUUACAGAUUUACAAAGUGGAUGAUUAAAAACGUAGGGUUGCAAGGAAUUCCCCCCACUGCAUUUUACAGCGAACCUCAUAAGCAUUUGGCUGAAAAUUGUGUUCGUUAUUGUUUUAUUAAGAAGGACGAAAAUUUGAAAAAAGCUGCAGAAAUACUAAGUAAUUGGAACAAUAAAGGAAAAUAGUUGAAAUUUAAAUUAUUUACGUUUUAUUUUACUUUUAUUUACAUGUACCUAUGAACAGAUUUAUUUUUG